AUGUCGACUACAUUCACAGUCUUCAAAGGAUCUCCGACUGGCAAGAUCGCUGAGGGCCAGACAACUGUUCCAGCCUUGCAAAGCAACGAUGUUCUCAUAGAGAAUACCCACUCUGGAGUGUGCGGAACUGAUGCACACUAUCUUCGUACGGACAUGGUACUGGGCCAUGAAGGCGUUGGCAUUGUUAAAGUUGCAGGCAGCAAAGUUAGCCUUGUUAAAGUCGGUGAUCGAGUUGGAUUUGGAUUUGUUAAAGGUGGAUGUGCUGAGUGCCAAUAUUGCUUGGUAGGGCACACCUGGCACUGUGUAAAAGGUGCACACGCAUUUGGCAUAUCUGAUUUUGACCAAGGGUCAUUUGCAACUCAUAGUGUGUGGCCGGAAACACGAUUGGUAAUACUUCCUGAUGAAAUACCUAGCGUCUAUGCUGGGCCAUUCAUGUGUGCUGGGCAAACUGUCUUCAUCCCCUUUUUGCGACAAGGCAUUAAGCCCUCUGACUAUGUUGGCAUUGUGGGAAUCGGAGGGCUGGGCCAUCUUGCUAUCCAAUUUGCGGCAGCUUGGGGUUGUACUGUUGUGGUGUUUUCCAGCUCAGACAAUAAGAAACAAGAGGCUAUCGACUUUGGCGCUACCAAGUUCUAUAACACGACAAAUUUGAGCGCAGCAGAUGUUCCAAAGAUAAAUCAUUUGCUAGUUACUACUAGUGCGACCCCUGACUGGCAGCUAUACACCGAAGUAAUGGCGCCAUUCGGUCAUAUAUAUCCUCUUACUAUUUCGGAAGGCAAUCUCGAAUUCCCUUACAUGUCUAUGAUUAUUAAAGAGUUAUCAAUCCAUGGCAGCUGCUCGUCUACCCCAGAUGAGGUUAACACGAUGUUGCAAUUUGCUGUUAAGCACAAUAUUAGGCCCAGUAUUGAGCGUUUUCCAAUGACAAUGGAAGGAAUUACCAAUGCGUUCGAGAGUCUUGAGGGUGGAACACUGCGAUAUAGAGGUGUGCUUGAAAUCUAAGUGCUAUGACACGUAAUAGACUCAGAAAGCGUUUCCACGGCGCGCUGGGCAGUUAUAGCUAGAAGGGAUCAUGAUUCCGGUGUCUCUGUAUUAUUCCGUAUCAC